AAAUGUAAACGGCUAAAAAUCAAUGGUUUUGAUUUUUGCAUUUGUUUGUAGAUGUGGAGUCCAUGAAGUAGAUAACGUUGAAAACCUUUACGAUCAACUAAUGGACCUGAUAGUGAGAUUCGGGAAUCACGGCGUUAUUCAUGGAGAUUUCAAUGAGUUCAACAUCAUGAUUACUAAUGAGGGAAAACCUGUAGUCAUAGAUUUCCCUCAGAUGAUUUCCACUGAACACGUUAAUGCUGAAUAUUACUUCGAGAGGGAUGUGAAAUGUAUUAGGGACUUCUUCAGACGUAGGUUCGGGUAUGAAAGCGAACUAUAUCCAUCGUUUAAGGAUAUCGAUCGUGAGGAUUGCGUUGAUGUGGAAAUAAAAGCAAGUGGCCUGACGAGGCAGAUGGAAAAAGAUUUGCUGAUUGAAAUGGGAAUCGAAGAGGGUGAGGAGACUCCUGAAGAACUCCUGAACGCCGUAGACUCUCCUGAGGAUCAGAACAUAGAGAUUCUUCCUGAUAAUUUCGAUGAGCAGCAGGAUUUGCCUUCAGACGAACAUAUCUGCUCCGUAGAACUCCCAGAUACUACAAGUAUUGAGACUCAUCAGCAGAGGGAAGAAGAUGACGUCGUUCCGGAAUUAAUCAAUCUUUCAAUGGCAGUAAAUAGUUCUGACCUGGAGUAUGACUCGAGAAGUGUCAGAAGCACCUCGACCACAGCGACAAUUCCUCCUGAAGUGAUUAAGGCGCGUGCAAAGCUAGCUCUUCAGAAAAGAAAUAAGAAAGCUCAAUCGAGAAAGAUUCUGGCUAAGGGAGAGGCCAGUGCCACCACUAGAAUUCGACGAGACAACAGGGACAACAUUCAACAGUCCACUGGUGGAUUCUGGGGGGGGGAUUAAUUACUAAAAUCUCUUGUUCUCCUUUAACCCACGGAAAUAUCUCCUCUCUGUGUAUGAUAAGUCGGUUAAAAAUAUAAGAACUGACGUAACUGAAUUGACGGUUGAAGGCCGCACGCGGUUAUCAUCCACAAAUUGAUUGGAAUUAAUUCACAUCUUUAGAGGUCCUUUCAAGACGAACUCGAGGAAAUUGGGGAGAAAUUGACGAGUGCGUCGGAACAAUUAAAAAUUAUUUCUCCUGUUGAAUAAAGCAGAAGACAAAGGAUUGUUGAAAUUUUUUUAAAAGUUUCAAUUACAGAUAAAAUUAGUACAUUGUUCAUUGUCUUCAGUAUAGAAAUGAUAUGGUGAUCUUUAGUAUAGAAAUGAUAUAUGAUAAUUUCCAUUUCACACUUUUAUUUUCAUGUUGCUGUGCAGUAACUCUCGAUUAAAAUUUAUCAAGUUUACGGCUGAAUUGCAGCAUCGGAAAAAUGAAGAUGUCAAAUUACAGUUGAAUAGUUUAAACUGUGGUAUAACAACCGAUGGAAACGAUUAUAUUCGUAUAAUAGAAGUAAAAUUCAAGUAUAAAUUGAAUAAUACUUUUCAAUCACUAACUGGUACAUUAAAAAUGUCCAUUACAUGAAAAUUUAUUAAUUGACAACUUGAUAUUAUUCUGCAUCUUUCUAUCGAAAUUAUUAAAAAAUAUGAAAAAGUAAUGACUAAUGCCGAUGUGUGCUCAGUUAUAAAUAGUAGAAAAUCUGCGAUUAGACACUUUGGCUCACAUUAUCUGAACAGGUUUAUCAAUUUCUUUUCAUCGAUAAUUACUCAUGCAAUAGAGGAACCCUUAUAUUUCCUCCUAAUGCUAACAGAUAUCAUGUAGUAAGGGAGUUUGUAAGCAACUUUAAAAAAAAGAGAAAAGUUAUGAUGUCCCUGAAAAUCAACGACUUGGAAUCAAUUACUUUUAAUGUCGGCCUCGAUGAGUACUGAAAUAAAUUCCUGAAAAGUAUCCAUUUUGCUUUGGUAAUGAGACAGAUGUUUACAUAAAAAUCUAGCAAAUUUUUUUACAAACUAUUCUAUUCUAAUGAAGACGAAAAAAUUGUGAUAUUUUCUCCGGGAAAUCUGUAACAUUUUGUCAUGCGAUGCUUGUAAUCAACUUUGAAAAGAAAAAAACUAAAUGAAAAUAAAGUCCUGAUGUUUCUCGGGAUAUAACGGUUUGCAAUCACCGACUUUUUAUGCCGAGUGAUGAUAAGGAUAGUGUUUAUACGUUCUGCUUUGAGUAGACGAGCACUCGGUGCUCAUUCCGUCAGUGUUCAUCGAAGAAACACCAGCUUUCUGAUUUCCUGCUCGUGCUCGACACGUGAGAAGAAAUAAUUAUGGCAGCAAAUAAUCUUACUGCUAUCCUUUACGGUAUCAACGAUAUUCGCCUGG